CCCGGGUAGAGAAGUCAGUCUGCUGCCUGCCACGAGACUCGUCAUCUGGGCUGAACAUGAAGCACUUGUGGCAGAUUUUUGUCCUGUGGGGCUUCUGGGUGCUCAUCUUGUGGCUGAUGGCCCCCUGCCUGGAUCCAAAACCUGAAUUGGCACCCCAGGGAAAACUGAUGGUCUUGGUACUGGGGCAUUGCAACUGCCCUUGGUUCAAAUUCUGGAAGAGUGGCUGCCCAUCUGAAACACUAAACUCCUCCCUCUGCUACCACAGAGACAUGAACUCAGCAAGUGGUUUUGGCAAAAUGUGGAAAAAGGUGUUCAAGGGGAUUCCCAGACUCUCAGUGAGCCAUUUCCAUUUCUUUGGGACUUGUACUUUGGGGGGGAACUCCAAGAUCCUGCGGGCCUCCGGCCUUGGCAACAAUAUCAACCAGCGGACCCUAGCCUUCGGGUGAUGCUUCAUCUAUCCUGGGAAUGCCAGCAGCCAGGGCUCUUGGAGACAGCUGCUGCUUCUGCUGCUGCUGCUGCUGAAGCUUUCUGGUCUGGUGUGGACUUCAGAUGCUCCAAGUGAGGAGGAUGCCUACUUUGGAUUUGGAUCAGAAAAGCAAAGAAAGGGGUGCAAUGACUGUUAA